CAAGAGCUCAAGUUCAAUCUGUCAGUAGGAGCUACGUACGUACGUCCAUCUUCGCCUUUCUACCAUGGGGAUCAAGUUGUAGGAAGCUAUAUUGCCAUGGGAGCCCUGUGGAUGCAAUGCUGCCAGCUAUAGACUGCAUAGUAAUAGCGACGAGCGCUUGCCUUAGUCUGGAUGCAGUUUGCUAUGGCUGCCCCUUCAUGCUGUCCCAUAUGUGAGGUGCACCUUCCAUCCUUCUGCCCCUCCUGUGUACAAAACAGGAUCGCUGAGAAGCGGCGAAAGCUCAAGGCUGCUGCUGCAAGAAGGGAUGCCACCAAGGAAAAGCUGAACAAACGACUGGCCGCUGUGGGCGCUGCCGACGAUCAGCGGAGAUGGCGGAUAGAGUGGGCGGAGGCGCGGGCUGAACUCCAGGACCAGAUUCGGAAGAUCACGGACGAGCUUGCCAAAGGAAUGGAGAAACUAGAGAGGCGGAGGCGGAAUGUAAAGAUACGGUCCAGUCAAUUGUCAGAUGCAAACAGCAAGUUGUACAGUAAACGCAAUGAGAUUCUUUUACAAUAUUUUCCUGACGUGUUGCGAAGUGAGUCGCUACGACAGACAUUCGUCAAUGUGGAGUUGGCGCGGCUGCGGAGACAGACCAUUCAAAAGCUGCGCUCAGUGUUGCCUCUGCGUCUGACGUUAAUGGACAUCGGCUCCUCCAUGCGCCAGUACGUCACCAUCUGCGGCAUCCGCCUUCCGGACGGCACCGAGCCGACAGUGGACAGCGGGCCCGAGCUGUCAGCAGCGCUUGGGUACCUUCUCCAGUUCGUCGGCAUGGCAGCCACGUACCUGGGCGCCCCAAUCUUGCACGUCGCCGGGCAUGGGGUGUCGUCCUCGAGUAUCUGGCAGCGGGAGUCGUACUGGAAGACGAAGAGCUCGACCGGGAGCUUCCCCCUGUACCUGCCGCGCACCGGCAGCUCCAGCGCCAGCCGCAGCGGCUCCCUGUACAGCAGCCUCACCGGCCCCUCCGACAAGAAGCCCGCGCCCCCUCCAGAACCCGCGCCCGCGGGCGAGGCCGCCCUGAGCAAGUCGGCAACGGAGACGCGGGCGGUGAGCCAGCUGAAGCAGGGCGUCGCGCUGCUGAAGCGCAGCGUGGCGUGCCUGUGCGCGCAGCAGUGGGCGGCCACCAGCCUGCCCCGCGACGCGGCCACGCGCAUGUCGCCCUUCUUCGGGCUGGCCGUCCUCAUGUCCGUGCUCGCGCAGGAGAGGGACGCCGGCUGGCUGCCGCGCCCAGAGACGCCCGACCGGGCUGCCGCCGAGUCACCUGCACCAAUAGACGGGACUGCCUCGUGGGCACAAGCCUCGUUUACUCGACAAGCCGGAUUUGCGAUGGCCGAGUCUGUAACGGCAGCCAAGGCCGCAGCGAUGGCGGCUCCUCGUCGACAGUCAGCGGACGGAGACAUCCGCCAUGUCAAGUCCACAGAAGGGCGGUCAAGUCGCAGGUCACGUCGAGCAUCAGAAGCAGGCGUAAUAAAAGAUGCCGACUUGGAGGGCUGGGAUAUCGUGGACCGACCCGGAGAUAUACUGCCGCCGCCACCUUCUGAGCCGGAUAACAUUGCCCAUUGGACACGGGCAAUGUUCCUGGAUGCUCGAAAGUGACUAACUUCACGAUUGUAAGGGCCUAUCAAGGCUUACCAUCAAGGGCAUGACAAAGUUGGCUUUGGAUUCAGCGGAUGUCUCCUUAUGUGAACACUGAAUCAGUCGAUGGCUGCAAAC